AUGGAAAGUCAGUUAUGCGGAGACAAUAAAAAGACUCCAAGCCCCAGCGACAGGUCUCUGCUCCUUUUCUCGGCAAGCAGGGGGAGUAGUCACAGCUGGACGGAUAAUAAGAUGCGCAUGAAUUUACAAUCUGGAAUAAAAGAUAAGAGAAAAUAAAUGGACGGCGCGGUCAGUCUCAGCGCGGAUGUACUAUGUAAAACUAAAGUUAGUGUUUGUUCUGUGUAGGCUACGACGCUGCGCUUUUGUGUGUGACUUCCAUAAAGCGCAGAAUAGUAAACUUCAGGCUCCGCUUUCCUCACUUGAUGGAGUUAGAAAGUUUCUUUAGUUCACUCACAAUGGGAAGAAAAGCGCUCUUAGCUGACUGUGAAGGCUUCCUGUGGUCCAAGUGGAACACUGACUUCAGUAAGGAGAAGGAACACCACUCCAGGAUAUGAAGUUUGUUGUAGUCAUUUUGCUGCAGAGAUCUGCGGAUUGUUCAGAGACCACCUCUCCAUUACCUGCCCAUCUAGAAUAUGAGUGAGCGGUGUGUAGGCUCUGGUGGGUGGUUAGGUUAUUACACUCUUAUUUUUUGACAACAAUGUCAUUUUCAUAAAACCAUACAGUGCCGAGUCGCUUUGACUGAUGAGGACCAAAGAUUCCCCCUACCGUGAGUCUGUCCACCCAGAUCCAGCUGUGAUUUGGUCUAUCACCCCUUACUGAAUCCUCCACCAUUCAGCAUUUCGAGUUGCCAUUGGAAGAAACCCAAUGUCUGCCUCCCCUCCCCCAUCCUUACCUCGAACUUACCUUCAGUCUCUUCAUCUUCUGUCCGCCCUGUCCCCUUCCCCAUCGCCAAGCCCGCCUGGACCGCUUUAUACCCGGCUGUCCAACGGCAGUCACAGCGGCCCCAGCCCCACCAACUCCCGCAGCUCCUUCCAUGGGGUGUCCUUCCUGCUACAGAUCGGACUCACCAGAGAAACGGUGAACCUGGAAGCCAGUGACCUGUCGCUGUCUGCUGUCAAGGACCUGGUGUGCUCCAUAGUGGACCAGAAGUUCCCAGAGUGCGGGUUCUUCGGUAUGUACGACAAGAUCCUGCUGUUCCGCCACAACCUAAAUGACGAGAACAUCCUGCAGAGGUUGACCUCGGCAGAGGACAUCCAUGAAGGAGACCUCAUUGAGGUGGUGCUCUCGGCUCAAGCCACAGUUGAAGACUUCCAGAUCCGACCCCAUGCCCUUUUUGUCCACUCCUACAAGGCCCCCACCUUCUGUGACUACUGUGGGGAGAUGCUGUGGGGUCUGGUUCGUCAGGGGCUCAAAUGUGAAGGGUGUGGGCUAAACUACCACAAGCGCUGCGCCUUUAAGAUCCCAAAUAACUGUUCUGGUGUCAGGAAGAGGCGACUGUCCAAUGUCUCAUUGCCUGCACAGUCCCUGUCUGUCCCCCGACUGGUACCUAAUGAGCAUGUCGUGGUUGUCCUGGAUGAGCAAAGGCCCCAUCAGGAGCCAGGGAAGCGGAUCCUGUCCUGGAGCGGCAGGCCUAUUUGGAUGGAGAAGAUGGUGCUGGGGCGGGUUAAGGUGCCACACACUUUUGCCAUUCACACUUACACUCGUCCCACUAUCUGCCAGUACUGCAAGCGUCUGCUGAAGGGUCUAUUUCGCCAAGGCAUGCAGUGUAAAGACUGCAGAUUCAACUGCCAUAAGCGGUGUGCUUCAAAGAUACCAAGAGACUGUUUAGGGGAGGUGGACUUCAACGGCGAGCCAGUCAGCCCUGGCCCAGACUCUGACACUACCAUGGAUGUUAUGGAGGUGGACAGUAGUGAUAUCGAUGGCAGCAGGGGACUGGAUGACCCAGAAGAACCGUCCACCCCAGAUGAGAGGAUGUUCGACAUGGAAUCUCCCUUCAUGGACAGAGAGAAGGAUGAAGAGCCCAUUAAGACUAUUAGCCCUUCCACCAGCAGCAACAUCCCUCUGAUGCGUGUGGUCCAGUCCAUCAAACACACCAAGAGGCGGAGCUCCACAGUGGUGAAGGAAGGCUGGAUGGUUCAUUAUACAAGCAGGGACAACUUGCGGAAGAGACAUUACUGGAGGCUGGACAGCAAGAGUCUGAGUCUUUUCCAAAACGACACUGGAGCCAAGUUCUACAAAGAAAUCCCUUUGUCCGAGAUCCUUCAGGUAGAACAGUCCAGAGACUACAGUAACCUGGCCCAGGGCAGCAACCCCCACUGCUUUGAGAUCAUCACAGCCACUAUGGUCUACUAUGUAGGAGAGAACAACAUCAGUCACUGCCACAGCCCUGCUCUGGCCGCCUCAGGAGUUGGCAUGGAGGUGGCUCAAGGAUGGGAGAAGGCCAUCAGACAAGCCCUGAUGCCCGUCACCCCUCAGCCCAGUGUGGCCAGUGCUGCUGGCCAGGGCAAAGAUCACAAAGAGCUGUCCAUCAGCAUAUCUGUGUCCAACUGCCAGAUCCAGGAGAAUGUGGAUAUUGCCUCAGUAUACCAAAUCUUCUCUGAUGAGGUGCUGGGAUCAGGCCAGUUUGGCAUCGUAUAUGGAGGGAAACACAGAAAGAGUGGUAGAGAUGUGGCCAUCAAGGUUAUUGACAAGAUGAGAUUUCCUACCAAGCAGGAGAGCCAGUUAAGGAAUGAGGUGGCCAUAUUACAGAAUCUGCACCACCCAGGCAUUGUCAACUUGGAGUGCAUGUUUGAAACACCAGAGCGGGUCUUUGUUGUCAUGGAGAAACUGCAUGGCGACAUGCUGGAGAUGAUCCUGUCCAGUGAAAAGAGCAAACUGCCUGAACGAAUCACCAAGUUCCUUGUCACACAGAUCCUAGUGGCCCUGAGACAUCUGCACUUCAAAAACAUUGUUCACUGUGACUUGAAACCUGAGAAUGUACUACUGGCCUCUGCAGAGCCCUUUCCUCAGGUGAAGCUGUGUGACUUUGGCUUUGCCCGGAUCAUUGGUGAGAAGUCAUUCCGGCGCUCAGUAGUGGGAACUCCUGCUUACCUGGCUCCAGAGGUGCUGCGCAGUAAAGGCUACAACCGUUCCUUAGACAUGUGGUCAGUGGGAGUCAUUGUGUAUGUCAGCCUGAGCGGGACCUUCCCGUUUAAUGAAGAUGAGGACAUUAAUGACCAGAUCCAGAACGCUGCCUUCAUGUACCCCCCUACGCCCUGGAAGGACAUCUCUACAGAAGCCACAGAUCUGAUCAACAAUCUUCUCCAAGUCAAGAUGAGGAAGAGGUACAGCGUGGACAAGUGUCUUAGUCAUCCCUGGUUACAGGACUAUCAGACGUGGCUGGACCUCAGGGAGUUUGAGACGCGGCGAGGCGAGCGCUACAUCACGCACGAGAGUGAUGAUGCACGCUGGGAGGAGUAUGCAGACGAGCACAGCCUCGUUUACCCCAAACACUUCAUCAUGGCUCCCAACCUGGACGACAUGGAAGAGGACCCCUAGUGACAUGGGGGACUUUCUGCACCACAUCUGUUAAGGACUAGGGCUGUCAUAGGGACUUUUUGAAAUGAAGCUUUGGGAGCAGCGGAUUUUCCCUUCAGAAAUGUUUGUUGUAGAAGCAGAGAGCAGCCGAUCAGAUGGCGAAUUACUCUCCAGAGGCUGUAAGAAGUGGGGGAAACCCAACAGAAUUUGUAGCAUGAUGCACUGCUACAACCAGCAGGCAGGCGGAGAUGUGCGCCACAGAAAUGCAUUAAGAAACUGUCAAGAGUGAAGCGAGUUGGUUCUUCUCUUUGCACGGUAUUAAAACAUUCCAUGAUCACGAACAAUCACAAGCCAAAAUAUGCAAGGUGAGCUUCAUUUUAGUUACAUACGUUCACUUUAGUUAAUGUACACACAAUUUUGGUUUAUUUUGUGUGACAAUGGCUCUUUUCUUUUUGUGAGAUGGGAGAACUAGUUGGAAAGAAAGCUUAGCCUGGAGUAAAGGGCACUUUUCACAAGAGAUUUGCAGAACAAACCCUAGUGUGUUUGAUUCUCACUUCUGAACUGUUUGUGAGACUGUCCUUUGGCAUGAAACUGGAACUGUCAUGUGUUUGUAUGUUUUUUAUGAACUUAGUAAUUGUGUUAGAUGUUUGCACUAUAUUACCAUUGAAUAUAGCAUUUGAAUAGAAACACUAUUCGCUGCUCCAGAAAGCAAACUGCUUAUCAAGUCUAGUGCAAAGUGUUAAAGAGUAAUCUGCAGAAAGUUGAUACUACAACACAGUAUUGGCUGCUUGGACAUGUACUUUAACAAACUCCAGCAGGUAUUUUCAAUCAGCAUGUCUUUACCAUGAGAUCUGUUAGUGGCAGCUAAUAGUGUGUAAGUUUUAUCAGCUUUCCACUGGUAACUGACAGACCAUGACCUAAUAUCUUAACAAAAACUGUGCAUUUAUUGUUUCUGAAAUGAAUUAACAUUGUGAGUUUCAUUGUGCUACCCUCCAAUUCUAAAAUAUACAUUUUUUGAUGCUCUGUCUGAAGCACUGCAUCUCCACAGGUGGCCAACUUGGGUUUUACAUAGAACAAAAUACUGGUGUAAAUUUCCUUGUUUGUUAUGUUGUGUAGACAAUUUAACAGACUUUUUGUUUAGACAGUUGUCAGUGAAAAUAGGUAUAAUUACAAUUUGGUUCACAUGGAAGUUUAUAGUACUGCAGUCUCGUACUGUAGUUUGCUCCAUUGGUGUGUUUUGGGAGUACGACUCUGUUUCCCGUUGUCCCUUUCCUGUCUUUGUUGCCGCUGGAUUGGCAGGUGUCAGUAUUGUUAUAUUUCACUACAUACCAAUGGAAUAAAAAUCCUUAAUUCUUAACUGGGAAUGAACAUUUUCUUCAAGCUCCAAAUGUCUUUGUGUUCAUGCUCCUGAUUUUCAACAAUAGAUUUUGGCUUUGUGUGCCCCAGCAUACACACGUGCAUGAAUAAGCAGUCCUGGCUUGUAGUUUUGUGUAUGUUGCAUCAUGAUGUGUGAUUGAGUGUGUGCGUGUGUAGUGGUUUCACAUGUCAGAUCCCAUUCUCAGCAAGUGGAUGUGAUUGUUGCACCACACCAAGCACUAUGCCAAGCCAGUCGCUAACCACAGGGGAGUAAU